AUGUGCUCAAAAACUGCAGCAUUUCACAUUAGUAUAAUACCUCAUAGAUGGUAUAAAGAUCAUUAUCAAGAUGAUUCCUUUUCAGACAAUCUAAUAUUUAAUUAUAAAAUAGAAGAUAAUCAUACUGCACAUAAAAGAUCUACAACUAAUAAAAUUUCAAAUAAUGCCUGCAAAGUGCAAACAGAUCAAAGUAGUAAUGAAUCAGAAGAAUCAGAAAUUGAACAUAAAAAAGACAUUAAAAAAAGCCUUAAAAGUGUAAAGAACCCAAACAAGGUUAAUAUCAAAGGACAGCCACCAAAACGGUAA